CCUCCUCCUUCCAGCCAUGCGUCCUAAUUAAUGGGACACCCCCAGUCGCAAAAAGCGCCGCACUGGACUGCAACAUAGUCAAAGAGUGAAAGGGAAGAGGGCGAAAGUGCCACUGGAGAUAAUUGAUUACCUACCAAUCAAUGAGAACUUGUUAGUAAUCGUCAACUCUUUGGACCUCGCCAUUUUCAGGGAGGCAUCUCACUCCUGCGGACCCGCUGCUCCCGAGGAUCCACACUUUGAAGGCAUCCCAUUUUGGAAUAAGAUUUUCUUUUCUCCCCCCUUCUUCUCUGUGUCUUUCUUUCCUAACCUCUUUACUGUUAUGUGAUUUUUUUUCCACCCCUCGAUAGCUUCGUUUUUGUUGUUAUCUUUCUAAAUAUUUCAACUCAAGUCCCUCCACAAACUCUGCGCACAACCAAUGAUGACAUCCAAAGAAGUGGCCAAAUGUGAUGCAGUGGAAACCAGGAGGCGAAGUCCGCUGGACCACUUGCCGCCUCCUGCCAACUCCAACAAGCCACUGACCCCUUUCAGCAUCGAGGACAUCCUCAACAAACCCUCUGUGAAACGAAGCUACACAAUCUGCGGCACGGCUCAUCUCAUCUCGUCCUCUGAGAAGCACCGUCCGUCGAGCAUCCCUCUGUCCAGCCGGGCUCUGCUCACCCAGACCUCCCCGCUCUGCGCGCUGGAGGAGCUGGCCAGCAAGACUUUCAAGGGGCUGGAAGUCAGCGUGUUACAGGCAGCAGAAGGUACAGCUCCAUCCUUAUAUGCACUUUGUUUAUAAAAUCUUUUCUCUUGCAUUUUUCUCUUGCAUUUUAUUUUUUUCAGUCGAGCAGGCAGGAAUUAAUAUUUCAUUUUUUGCGCAUCGAAUUUAGUUGCAUCCCAGACAAACCUUUUUUUUUCUUUUGUAUUUUUAUUGCAGCUAUUUUCCUCCUAAUGUGUGCCAUCGAACAAAGGCAUGUUAAUUUUCUAAAGGAAAUAAAUCGCCGCCUUGUCUUUAAUAAGGUCUCGGGUGUGUGUGAGUGUGUGAGUGUGUGCUCAAUAUUUCCCAGUGGUGUCUGGGUAAUAUUCUUGAAAUGACCUGUUCCCUGCAGAGCUGAAAGCUUGACUGUCUCUCACACUGUAUUAGUUUCUCGCUUAUUUUGCGUUAGGGUCAUUUUUACGCGCCGCUUCUGUGCUCGUGGUGGUUGUUUCAUCAGUGCGCCUCUGUCUCUCCCUCACAGGCCGGGAUGGAAUGACUCUGUUCGGUCAGAGGAGCACCCCGAAGAAACGCAGGAAGUCUCGGACGGCUUUCACCAACCACCAGAUCUACGAGCUGGAGAAGCGCUUUCUCUAUCAGAAGUACCUGUCCCCGGCAGACCGGGACCAGAUCGCGCAGCAGCUCGGCCUGACAAACGCGCAGGUUAUCACGUGGUUUCAGAACCGGAGGGCCAAGCUAAAACGGGACCUGGAGGAGAUGAAGGCCGACGUGGAGUCUGCCAAGGCCGUCGGCCAGGUCCCCUUGGACAAACUCGCCAAGCUGGCGGACCUGGAGAAAUGCGCCAACGGCACGCUGGGCCACCCGCGAGGAGAGUCCCCCGCGCGGGGCGGCCAACAGGAGCACGAGCUCGCUCAGAAACUGCGCUCGUCGCCGCUGUCGCCGUUCUCGGACCACACAACGAGUAAAGAGUGCUCGGAGGACGAGGACGUGGAGAUUGAUGUGGAUGACUGAUGUGCGCAGCGUGGGGCUGAAGGACGAGAAACACUGAGAGACGAUUUAAAAAAAAAAAAAAUCCUCGCGAGGACUUGUAACUUACUGCUCAUAUUGUAUACCAUAUCUGAGAACAUGUACCAAAAUGUAAUGACUUUUAUAUCGGCGCAGAUAGAACUAUUCAUAGAGACGCAUGAACACAGAAGCAGAAAUAUGCAGCGAUAUUUGAUUCAUGAGCAAACUCUGACUUCCUGCAAUCGAAGCAAUACGGUCGAAUAUGACACGAGUAACUUAUUAUGAUUUUACACUAUUGGCCCACACACACACACACACACACACACCGACACACACAAACAUUUAAAACAACACACACUCACUCACACACACACACACACACACUCACUCACACACACACAUAGCCACACCUGCCUCUCGCUCUCCCUGUGGGCCUGAACCCUCACACACACACACAUACACACAUACACACCACAAUGGAAGUGCUCCAGUUUUUCAUCAUUUUUGCAUGUAAAUGCAUGAUUUGAUUUGUGAUCAUUAUCUAUUUAUUUUACUUUAUUAUUAUUUUUUUAUUUAAGAUUUUUUUUUGGUGUUUUCUGCCAAAUCGCCAUUGAGUCAAUAGCUCACUGCCGGCUCUCUCCCCUCCUCUUCCUCCUCCUCCUCUUCCUCCUCCUCUGAGUGUGACCCAUGAAUUCGGUUCAUAUUCGGCGUGAUGAAGAUGAAGAUGAUGAUAAUAGAGAAAAUAUUGACGAGCAAACUCGGACUUUCUCAGUUUGGCUUUCUAUGGGAAUGUUGUAGAGGUGGCGAAAAAAACAAACACACAGCUGGCUCUUGCGGUGGUUUUGAGACGCUUUCUGCUCCUUUUUAGAUGUAUUGUUUGGAUACAAUAGAUUUACGGUAAUAAAUUUGUUAUGUUUUGUACACCUGUAAGUGCCUUUCUAAAAUCAGGACAUUAUUUGAAAAACCAAUGCACAGACUGUAAUGUAUAUAGGCUACUAUGGGAAUAAAA